UAGGGGCGUGACUUCCAAGCACGCCGACUCGAACUAUUAUAUAUACCCCUUGCUAUUUUCUGCAUCCGCCCCUGGAGUGCGUGCUAGUGCCGCUGCGCCAGCUGAGACUAGAACCCACAACCCAACUUUUUGCGGCAGCCAGGAGUCUCUCCCCUCCUAAAGAGAAAUGGAGAAAAACGUAGCGGUGUUGGUGAUGUGUGCUCUUCCUCUACUGCAUGCAGAUGCUAUCUGUACAUAUGGAGAAACUGCUCCAACUGCUAUCCUGGAAAAGGAGUUGCUACUAUCCUGCAGCCUGACCUGCUUCUCCAAUGUGUACGAGUGGUUCAACAUAACAGAUGGUAAUGUGAGACUCUCUACUGAGAAGAACAGCACAUUUGUUGUGUCUGAGAAGGUUCAUUCAGUAACAGAGGUCGGAGGUCACAAGUACAUGUGUCAGUGCAAUGCCCUCCCUGCCACAGAAUGUUUCAGGAUUGGAGGGAAAAAGAAAAGUGCCUCAUACAUGUGCUUGAGGCUUUCCAAACAAUGCCGUCGUCAUCAAAACACAGUUUCAUCUCAAUGUGUUCUACUGGAGUGAAGAAGUAAUUUUAAAGAAAAGUGCCUGAUUGUUGUUCUUGAAACAA